AUGGCAAAGUAUUAUGGGAAUUGUUUGGUUGUUGAUUGGACUCUUAUAGAUAUUGAUACGAUGUUUAAUGAAGUUAUCGGUGAUGUCGUUAAGCAAACGUUGGACCCUUUUAUGAGUAAUAUUGUGCAGCAUGUACUGGAGUUUGGUAGAGAUGAUCAAAGGUUGAAGAUUGUUCGUAAGUUGACUCAACACCCGGAUCAGCUAGUUGAAGCCUCGUUAGACUCAUACGGCACAAAAUGUGUUCAGAAGCUGAUUUCUACCCACAAUUCAAAGAAGGAAAUUGCAUUGGUGAGUUAUUCAUUACUAUCUGGUUUUCUGUAUCUAGUUAUGGAUCUGGAUGGAAAUCAAGUCCUACAACGUUGCUUGUCAUGUUGGAGUGUUGAAGAUAAUGAGUUUAUAUAUGAUGCUGCAACCAGAUUCUGUUAUGCUGUUGCUACUGAUGAACAUGGCUGCUGUUUGCUUCAACGCUGCAUUGAAUUCUCCAACGGAAACAGUCAACAAAAGCUGGUUAAAGAAAUUUGCAAAUAUGCCUUUCACCUAGCUCAACAUGAAUAUGGAAAUCAUAUUGUUCAGUACAUUAUACAGAUGCAGAAUCCAAGUGCCAUAGCAGAACUUACUGCUCAGUUCAAUGGGAAAUAUGUACAACUCUCCAUGCAAAAAUUUAGUAUCCAUGUGGUUGAAAAGUGCCUCGAACAUAUUGUAGAGACUAGAGCAAGGAUUGUCCAAGAAUUUCUUGCUGUUCCUUAUUUUGAGAACCUGCUGCAAGACCCAUAUGCCAACUAUGUCGUUCAAUGCGCUCUAAAGUUUACCGAGUGUUCAGUGUCUGAUAGAGCUCAGAUUCUUGAACAAAGUUCAGAGUCUUAUCCAACGGAUAAUGUAAAGAGAGAGAGAGAAGAGAAAGACACAAAACAAUUAUACAGAUUCCUUCCACAAUCCGGAAGUAGUCAUGUUCCCCUUGCAAUUAUAAAGGUUUUUGAUGCCAGAAUUAGCAACCUUCGUGACAAUAGGGAGCAAAAGGCAUCGAAAGACGCACAUUUCAUUUUUGGAGAUUCGGGAAUAGGAAUCCUGAGGGAAACACGCCAUAAUUACAAAAGCUGGUCUGAGGAUGGAAAAGUCCUUAAAAAGUCGUGCGAUAUCCAGGAAGAAGUAAGAGAGUGCCACUAA